AUGCCUAGCCUUCCACGUCGUGGAUCCCAUGCCGCCGCUGUCUCUUCAUCCGCAGUCUUUUCUCCACCUCCCAUCGUCUUACCGCCUCAUCCCUUCCUUCCUACCCUCAUCCCAAGCUUAGCCGAGCACAAAGCGCAUAUUAUUCCACGACGCGGUUCAAACUCAAUUCCCCUCACAUCGUCCUCCCCGUUGACGUACCGUCGCCCUCGCUUCCCCCGUUUCCCCGUCGCCCUUACUCCUAAAAAUAACCGCUUCGCCACACCGUCGCUCACGCCUUCCCCCACCUGCCCUCAUGGACACCGUCGCGCACGCCUUCCCCCAUCUUCCCUCACUCUUCCCCGCUCAUCGCCCCCGCUUCCUCCCAUCGUCGGCCAAGCUUCCCCCCAUCGUCGCCCACGCUUCCCCCCAUCGUCGCCCACGCUUCCCCCCAUCGUCGCCCACGCUUCCCCCCAUCGUCGCCCACGCAGCCUGAAACGUCGCCCACGCUUUCCCCCACCGUCGCCCACGCUUUCCCCCACCAUCGCCCACCCUUCCCCCAACCUUCGCCCACCCCCACCGUCGCCCGCGCUUGCCCUCCCAUCGCCCUCGCUUAGCCUUGCCGCCGACCUCCCUUCCCUCCCACCUCUCUCCGCGUCGUCAUCACUCCCUUGUCUAUCACGUUCCCCCUCUUCACCAUCGCUUCCCCUGUGUCCCUUCCCAAUUGCCUCCCUCUCACCCACCCAGGACGGGGAGGUAUGGCGGGCUGGGCUGGGAGCUAGGGAUGGGGUCGUGACUCGUUCGCUGUGGGGUGUGGAAGGGUGCGUGGUCAGCAGCACCCACCCCUUUCUCUCUUGCACUGACCUCCUCCCCUCUCUCGCACCAACCCUGCACGCAUGGCAGGUGGUGAUGAGGCUUUGGAGCAGAGUGUUGGGGGCACAGCCAGGGCAGCGCGUGCAGGCGGACAGCAAGGAGUGCAGUGCUGCAGGGGGCGGUCGUCCUCCUCUCCCUCUCCCUUCCUCCCUUCCGUCCUGCCUUCCUCUCGUCCUCCCUUCCUCCCGUCCUCCCGUCCUCUUUUCCUUCCGUCCUGCCUUCCUCCCGUCCUCCCUUCCUCCCGUCCUCCCUCCUCGUUCUCCGCUUCCGUCGCAUGCGUUCAUUUCCCCUUCCCUCAUCUCCCCAUUCCUCAUCUCCCCCUCCCUCAUCUCCCCAUUCCUCAUCUCCCCAUUCCUCAUCUCCCCAUCCCUCAUCUCCCCAUCCCUCAUCUCCCCAUUCCUCAUCUCCCCAUCCCUCAUCUCCUCAUCCCUCAUCUCCCCAUCCUUCAUCUCCCCAUUCCGCCUCACCCCAUUCUGCCCCACCCCAUUCCGCCAUGCCAUCCUACUCCUCAUCCCCAUUCCCUCGUUUCCCCAUCCCUCCUUUCCCGAUCCCAUCAUUCCCUCAGCCAACUUUCCCAUCCCACCAUACGGUCAUACCCCAUCCCGCGACCUCCCCGUCACCUCCACCCGACCCCUCUCUUCCCUGCUUCUUCCCAUCUUCCCAUCUUCCGCCUCACCAAAAGGUUUGUUCUUCACCACCUCUGCUAUCCAUCCUUUCUAUACCCAUCCCCUCCUCCCCAUCCAUCCCAUCCCCAAAUCCUGCCCCUAUCCCUCCUCUCGCGAUCCCUCCUCUCGUUUUCUCAUUCCCUCCUCUCCCCGCCCCGUUCUUCCAUGUCUCCCAUCUGUCGUACCUCACCUCCAUCUGUUCCUCCCAUCCUCCAUCCUCGUUACCUCCCUGCCACCCUUUCUCCUCCCCACCCUCCUCCCCAGCCUUUCUUCCUCCCCUCCCUUCUGCUUCUCCCCCAAGCGUCCUCCUUGCCUCCCUUCCUCCCAUCAUCACUUCCUCCCUUCAUUCCUGCAUUCAUCACUUCUUCCCUUCCUCUGUUCCUCCCUCAUUUGCCAGUUGUCAUUCUUUUGA